GGAAAGGAUGAGAAUGGCAAUGAUGUCUAUCUUAUUCCAUGUCCUGCUGGUACGACGAAUGUCGAACUUCAAGCCGACUGGCGCUAUGCUAGUGAAAAUGAAGAAUUGCCAGAUCGUGCUACUGAAGUAGAUCGAGGUAUGCAGUUUAUCCAAAGCCGCAAACAACAAAGAGAUCCAUUCGGAUUGUACGAUCACGUCAUCAUGGACAGUGGUUGCACAAACACCACCAUUUGUAAUGGUGAGCUCAUGCAUGGACGCCAUCGUUAA